AUGGGAGAUGAUGACAGUAUCAUGUCCCGGCUGUUUAAUACGAAGGCUCUGUUAGGGAUAGUUGUUGGAGCUGGAGCUUCCUAUGGGAUAUAUAAACUUGUGGCGAGUGGGAAGAGUGAUGCUAAUAAUGUCAAGAAAUCCAAAAACGACAACGGGACGAGUGAGAGUGGUCCCGAAAGGGACGCUUCCAGUGGAGGUAGAGUGUUUCUACAGCCGGGUACGCUGCUGGCCAAGGUUUCUGAGCUAAAUCUACUUCAUCAUAGCGAGAGCCGGGCCGCGAAUAUUCCAUCAAGAGAGAUUUUAUCUCAGUCUCCUGGCAACCUGCAGCCGCAUCACAUAGAGAUGCUCCUCUCACUGCUGGAGACGAAUUCCAACCCUUCUGACAGAAUGCAAAUCUUGGUUACACUUGGCAACGCUGCUGCCUUCUCUGUCAAUCAGGACAUUAUUCGUGAAUUGGGUGGCCUCCACAAGAUUGCCAGUCUGCUGUCAGAUCCUGUGCCCGAUACCAGAGUACACUGUUUGAAUGCUCUGAAUAAUUUGAGCAUGAAUGUUAGGAACCAAGAGCAAUUGAAGGUCUAUGUGCCACAGGUUCUGGAGUUGAUAGAAAUGUCACCAGUGAACUCUGACCUUCAGCUGGCUUCUCUGAGACUGCUGACCAACAUGUCUGUCACAAAUAACCACCAACACCUGAUGAAGAAUUCUAUAACCCUCUUUUUGUCUCUGCUGGUUGUAAGCAAUGAAGAGAUGCAGAUUCAGGUUUUAAAGGUACUUGUGAACUUGUCUGCCAAUCCAGAUAUGAUGGAGGACAUCGUCCAAGCCCAGGCGCCGGCGUCCCUCGUCCUGCUGUUCGACGGCUGCACGAACGCGCCGGUGCUCCUGCGGCUGCUCACCUUCGUGGCGAACCUGAGGACCUGGACGCCGUCCGCGCAGGUCGCCGACGCGCUGCGGCGCGGCAAGGACUCGCUGUACUGCGUGCUGCUGGCCCCGCCCUCCCAGCUCCACCACAGGCUGCCGCUGCUGCUGUCGCACCCCGACGACCAGGUCAGGACACAGGCGGCCCACCUCCUCGCCUAGAAUGCGACCAGUCCGUGCCUUUCAAGAGGCGAGGCCCGCCAUUUUGACCUCCUCCCCCCUCCCUCCAGGCCUCGCAGGUGUGCAGUUCAUUUUAAGGAUAUGGCGGAGACUUAGCUGUGACAACAGCUCACCCUGGGGUGUAUUUUUUUGUUUGUUUCUGAAGUGACCCCCCCUCACCCUUGAUCCACUGCCAAAUAUCACAAAGCAAAAAGAAUGUGUCCCAAACCUCUGGUUUUUCCCCCCUCUUCCCACACAGAGCUACAGCUUUGGUUGCUGUGGUUUGCACAGUAAAGCAAGCCAGAGGGAUGUACUGGUUGUGCAGGGGUAAAAUGGGGAAACACACUUGCAUGCCUUCAGUUGCCAUGGCACUGGUGUGUCACAAGGACUCUCAGCAGGUCCUAACUGUGUUCUCAGGCUGGUUUUCCUGAUCAGAGAUGCCAAGAGAGACAGCUAAUGUGCAAUUUUUGGAUGUUGUGUCCUUGUUGAUCAGUAGGAAUGCUAGAAAAAUGUUUUGGUUUGUUCAACGUAGUAGUUUGCGUUUUUUUGUGUUCCAUUUGUUUUGUUUGGGUUAGAAUGAAUCGGAAUAGAAUGCAGAAUGAUUGCUUUUAAACAAUAAAUGAUUUUGAAUGCGUGAAAAUG